AUGCAUCUGAUUUGGUUCGGGAGGACGCCGCGUCUGAUCGUGAGCUCGCCGGAGCUGAUCCGGGAGGUGCUGCUGUCGCCAUCGGAGCAUUUCGACCGGUACGAGGCGCACCCGCUGAUCCGCCAGUUCGAGGGUCUCGGCCUCAGCAACCUCCACGGCGACGAGUGGGCGCGCCGCCGCAAGAUCCUCACGCCCGCCUUCCACGUCGAGAACCUCAAGCUGCUCGCGCCCUUCGUCGCCGACACCGUGCAACGGAUGCUGGAGGAGAUCGUGCUGCUACGGUCGGCGGCGGUCGCGGGCGGGUCCGGCGAGGUGGAGGUGAACGUGGAGGAGUGGUACCAGCGGCUGCCGAAGGAGGCCAUCACCAUCGCCACGUUCGGCCGCAACAGCGACGAGGGCAGCGCCGUGUUCCGGCUGCAGGCCGAGCACGCCAGCUACGCCACCGAGGCGCACAGCAAGGUCUUCAUCCCGGGUUACAGGUUCCUGCCGACGAGGAGGAACAGGCACGUGUGGCAGCUCGACAGGGAGAUCAGGAGCCUCCUGGCCAAGCUCGUCGCUGGCCUGCAGAGCGGCGACGACGACCACCGACACCGGGGCCGGGACCACGGGCGCGCCGGCGGCAUGAGGGAUUUCAUGAGCUUCAUGGCCCCGGCCAUGACGGCGGACGAGAUCAUCGAGGAGUCCAAGAACUUCUUCUUCGCCGGGCUGGAGACGCUGACCAGCCUCCUCACCUGGGCCACCGUCACGCUCGCCAUGCAUCCGGAUUGGCAGGACCGCGCUCGCCGGGAGGUCCUCGAAGUCUGCGGCCGCCGGGGCGUCCCCACCAAGGACCACCUCCCCAGGCUCAGGACGCUCGGGAUGGUCGUCAACGAGACGCUCAGGCUCUACCCGCCGGCGGUGGCCAUGAUCCGGAAGGCGACGCGGGACGUGAAGCUCGGCGGCUGCGUCGUGCCGGCGGGCACGGAGGUCAUGAUUCCCAUCAUGGCCGUGCACCACGACGCCGACGUGUGGGGCGCCGACGCCACGGAGUUCAACCCCGCUCGCUUCGCAGACGACGGCGGCGACCGCCGGCCGCGGCAGCAGAUGGCGUUCAUGCCGUUCGGCGGCGGCGUGCGGGUGUGCAUCGGCCAGUACCUGGCGCUCAUGGAGGCCAAGAUCGCCUUGGCCUUGGUGCUGCAGCGCUGCCAGUUCCGCCUGUCGCCGGCGUACGUGCACGCGCCGAGGGUGCUCAUGAUACUCAACCCGCAGCACGGCGCGCCCGUUAUCUUCCGCCCGUUGUGA